AGCCACGAUUUGCUGCCAUUUGCCAGCCGAGCGGUCGACUUUCGUUUAGCUUCCGACUGUUGGCUUCGCCCGGGUGGCAGUGUUGACCGUUUAUCGCUUGAAAAAGCAACGUUGUUUAGUGUGUAAGAAAUAUCAAUCCAGAAAUCAUCAUGGGCAUAAAAUUCCUCGAGGUGAUCAAACCGUUUUGCAGUAUACUGCCGGAAAUAGCAAAGCCUGAGCGAAAGAUCCAAUUCAGGGAAAAAGUAUUAUGGACCGCCAUCACAUUAUUCAUUUUCUUAGUAUGCUGUCAGAUUCCCCUUUUCGGUAUCAUGUCUUCAGACAGUGCCGAUCCUUUCUAUUGGAUUCGUGUUAUUCUUGCCUCGAACAGAGGUACGUUGAUGGAAUUAGGAAUAUCCCCCAUCGUUACAUCUGGUUUAAUUAUGCAACUCUUGGCUGGUGCAAAAAUUAUUGAAGUUGGUGAUACCCCCAAGGAUCGAGCACUCUUCAAUGGAGCUCAAAAAUUAUUUGGUAUGGUAAUAACAGUUGGUCAAGCCAUCGUUUAUGUCAUGACCGGCAUGUAUGGUGAUCCCGCCGAAAUUGGUGCCGGAGUUUGUCUGUUGAUUAUCAUCCAACUGUUUGUUGCUGGUUUGAUUGUGUUGUUACUCGAUGAACUUCUGCAGAAGGGAUAUGGUUUAGGAAGUGGUAUUUCUCUCUUCAUUGCCACAAAUAUCUGCGAGACUAUUGUAUGGAAAGCAUUCUCUCCAGCAACCGUUAACACUGGUCGUGGUACUGAGUUCGAAGGCGCAGUCAUUGCACUCUUCCAUCUCUUGGCCACCAGGCAAGAUAAAGUGCGAGCUCUCCGUGAAGCCUUCUACCGUCAGAAUCUUCCAAAUCUAAUGAACCUACUUGCCACCAUUCUAGUUUUCGCAAUAGUCAUUUACUUCCAGGGUUUCCGAGUAGAUCUGCCAAUCAAGUCUGCCAGAUAUCGUGGCCAGUACAGCAGUUAUCCGAUAAAGUUGUUCUACACUAGCAACAUCCCGAUCAUCCUGCAAUCUGCGUUAGUCUCCAACCUUUACGUCAUCUCGCAAAUGUUGGCCGUCAAGUUCCAGGGUAACCUUAUAGUCAAUUUGCUCGGUGUUUGGUCCGAUGUUGGAGGAGGUGGUCCAGCUCGUUCGUAUCCAGUAGGCGGGUUAUGCUACUACCUAUCCCCGCCAGAAUCCGUAGGCCACAUUGUUCAAGACCCCGUCCAUGCCUUCCUCUACAUUUUAUUCAUGCUUGGAUCAUGCGCAUUCUUCUCCAAAACGUGGAUUGAAGUCUCUGGAAGCUCCGCUAAAGAUGUCGCUAAGCAGCUCAAAGAACAACAGAUGGUCAUGCGAGGCCACAGAGAUAAUUCGAUGAUUCGUGAAUUAAAUCGUUACAUUCCGACCGCUGCGGCUUUUGGUGGUCUGUGUAUCGGAGCUCUCUCUGUUUUGGCUGAUUUCUUGGGAGCGAUUGGUUCUGGUACUGGUAUUCUGCUCGCGGUGACGAUAAUUUACCAGUACUUUGAAAUCUUUGUGAAGGAACAAAGUGAAAUGGGCGGCAUGAGCACGUUACUAUUCUAAGCUAUAACCGCUUAGGUUUAGGGCGUGAAUUUUUAAGACCUCACAAGAACUGAAUAAUAAUUUAUUGUCAACAAAGUCCAGUCGGCACUGCCCGCUCUGUUUAUUGUUUAACUGUGGGCCUUGUUGCAUAAAAAGUAAGGGGCUUCAUUGCUCGAAAAGGUCGUGAAUAUGUAUGUAUAUUUAUAGAUUUCUUAUUAAAUUAUUAAAUGAUA